ACUCGAAUCAAUCUUCUGAGGUUGGGCUAGACCGGAACGAGACCAGGACAAAUCACGGCUUCUAAAACUUGUCCUGACUGAAGUAGGUCUCGUCUUGCUCAUUUCGAAGGUUGUCGGAACCAGCACUCAGGAUAAAAAUGUUAGAUAUGUGAACUGAAUGCCAGUUGAUGACUGCGGCAGUAAGAGAUACCAGAAACUCGUCAAGGUGGAGGAACCUCAUAACUGCACCAGCCUCGGACAAAAAUAUUGCGUAGACACGCGCAGGCAUACCAUCCGCACCAUUGACUCGGAUGCUUUUCAUUCUUCUUGAUUGGCUCAUUCUUUCUGCACAAAAAUCUGAUACGUAAAAACCAAAGCAUCGAUCCGUUGACUUUGUCCGACCUUAAUAGAGAGUGCGAUUCCAGGCAAGCACCUACAUUCUGGAGAAGGACAACUUUUGCUAAGUCGAUGCCUCUAUAAGUGACUGCUGGCUGGCAUUACUUGUGUUUGCAACGGCAGCUACUGAAGAUUCCAGUUGUUGAAGAUAACAGACCACAAUGUCUGAAGGAAAGAUUCAUCUGUAGAAUACGGAUGAUAAGCUUAGCUUAGACAGGCGAAGGUUGUCUGUAGGAUCUAAUAGAUAUUUUGGAUUGUGAUUAGAUCAUUCUCAAAAUCGAUUUAGAUCCAUGAAUCCGACUUUUGAUUUUCGAGGUCAUCUCCGAAACGUAGUUCCACGAUUUCUGCUCAUGGAUUUCAGGGGACCAGAGUGGCAAUUGAGCCACGAUCAGGUAGUAGGAGUUUGUGUGGCAGGAUUUUUCUUCCUCGUCUGGUUCUUUUGGGAAUUCUACGAUGAUCGAAGGUAUAAUGUCCCAAAAGGAUCUCUAGGAUGGAUUCCGUUCUUCGGCGAGACUCUAGAGUUCGCGAGGAAUCCGCGAGAUUACACUGCUAGGAGAUUUAAAAAGUAUGGACCAGUUUUCAAAGGCUGCUUUCUGGGACUUCGAUCUGUGGUGUCCAUGGAUCCUGAGUUCAGCCAGCUUAGAGAUGUGAACGGAGCCGAAUGUUUCAAGAUAACCCUGCCCAGGAACUUGAGGGCGAUGAUCGGAGACACCUACAACAUGUCGGCCGAGCAAGCGGGACUGCAAAAAGUUCUACUGGGUGUGAUGCAACCUGAGACCUUGAAAUCACAGAUCAAAGAAAUAGAGGCACUAAUCCUGGCGGGCUUGUCUCAAUGGGAAGGAAAAACUAUUGGAGUCUGGAGAUCAUGUAAGAAGAUUGUUCUUUCCAUUUCUGUGUACGUGAAUCUGGGUCAUGAUCCCUCUGAAAAGAAGAUACGUGAUCAGAUUUCCAAGCUUGUACCUAUCUUCAACGAAGCACUUGUAGCACCACCGCUUUACCUUCCAGGCACAUUGUACUACAGAGGCUACCAAGCAAGGUUGAAGAUGGAGAGUUUACUCGGUCAAAUGGUUAAAAGAAGGAGACAAUCCUGGAGUGAGAACAUUCUUCUCACAAGCAAAGAUUUGCUCAGUGCUCUGUUGCGGUACAAGACUACAGAAGGAAAGGAGCUGAGCUUGAAGCAAAUUACUGAUGUAAUAUGUAUUUCGUUCCUCGGCGGUCAAGACACCUCUACUGCAGCUCUCUCAUGCACAAUCAAAGAACUCUCCAAAAGUGCACUUAUCAGAAAGGCUGUUGUGGCAGAAUGUGAUGCCAUCGAAGAGCGGAGAUUUGCUUCAACUUCACUGACAAUGGCGGAUACAAGAAACAUGCUUUACAUUAAGAAGCUAUUCAAAGAAGUCCUCAGAAAACAUACCAUCGUUCCUUUCACGCAGAGGCAAGCCAAAGAAGAUGUAGACAUCAAUGGUUCUCUGAUUCCUAGAGGGUGGUACGCAAUAGCGAUGUUGAGUAGUAUUAACAUGAACCCUAAGCUUUGGACAAACCCAGAGGUGUUCAAUCCGUCGAGAUUCGAUGAACCGCAGCAGGCAAAAGUAUUUGCACCUUUUGGGGUUGGAGCGCACAUGUGUCCUGCUAAAGCCCUCGCUGAACUGAUCUCGAGUAUCUUUGUGUACCAUCUUCUCCACAAAUACGAGUGGAAGGUGGAGGGCAAGCUUGUGGAUGAGAAACUUAAAACUGGAGCUCUACUUCCUAUUCCAGUCCCGAAAGAAGAGAUUCGUCUUCUUGUCAGACGAAGGAAAAUGAUUGCGAAGAAGCAGAUGACACCACCGUCAACCUUCGUACCCACUCAUCGCUGAAACCAGUUAUUAAACUUUCUGUAGGAUUGUGUAGGCCAGUCUGUGUAGGAUUACACGGACCUCCGGACACCAGUCGACAAUUUCCCAGCAGCCAACCAAGAGUAGAUUUCCCCCUCCUACGAUGAGUAUACACUCGUGAAGGAUCCUGAUGUCUACUGAUUCGAACUUACUGUCUUCGUUUACUCAACGUCUAGAGAGGAGGAGGGAAGAGGACUUUGAUUGACGAAUUAUGUUGGACCAGAAAGAAAAAUUGGCAUUCAAUAUUAACGUGAGUCCCCACCAGAUUUAUAAAGCCAUCUCAAAUUGGAAUGUACUUGUACAAACCUUGCGUCUGUGUACGAUACAAAUAACAUUCAAUGUAAGAGUGUAUACUUCGUCAAGAAAAAUGAAAAUUUCACAACUAUUAUUUGGG